AUGUUGCAGUUAAUGCCCCAACUCUCCAUAUGCCCAGACCAUCCGUUUGGCUACCAGGAGGUCCAGCCCUGUCCAUGGUCCUCCCCAACUACAUCCAAGAACCUCAAGGGUAGCUACAGGUAUCCGGCUCUGCAGAAGGAGGAGCCAGGACCAUUCCACCUGCCCCUGCCUGGGAGCUGGACAGGGCACCUGGCCGUGCUGCUUAGCAAGCUGGGGCUUCCAGCUCAAAGCCUGGCGCUCUCGCAGGACGAGGCUGCCAUCCGCCACCAGGCCACCUAUUCUCUCUGGGGACAUGUCUGUGUGCUCUCCCAGACGGCAGUGCUGCCCGCCUCCCCACGUUAUGCUCCUAGUCCUAACCCCUUUCCCACCUUCAUGCCCGAGAUCCCUCUACCCCCUCAACAGCACCACCUGUGCCUCUGUGAUGAGGACACCCUCAUGCCUGGCCUGUGUGCCCAGAGCCAGAAGCACCCGGGAAUUCCUGUCCCUGCCGGGGACAGCCCUUCACCAGGGGCCGAUGGAUCACUGUUCAAGGUCCUCAAGUCCCCCUCUGAGUCCAAAUCGCCCCCUCCCUCCCACCGCUCUGCCCUGGUGGACGACACUGAGGAUGUGUCCUUGGACUUUGGCAACGAAGAGGAGCUGGCCUUUCGGAAAGCCAAGAUCAGGCACCCCUUGGCCACCUUCUUCCACCUGUUCUUCCGAGUGAGCGCCAUCGUCACUUACGUGGGCUGCGACUGGUUCAGCAGAAGCUUUGUGGGCUGCUUCGUCACCGUGCUCCUCCUUCUGUCCUUCGACUUCUGGUCUGUGAAGAACGUAACUGGGAGGCUCAUGGUGGGCCUCCGCUGGUGGAACCAGGUCGAUGAAGAUGGGAAAAGCCACUGGAUUUUUGAAGCCAGAAAGGUCUCUCCGAACAGCAUCGCCGCCACCGAAGCAGAAGCCCGGAUCUUCUGGCUCGGCCUCAUUAUCUGCCCGAUCAUUUGGAUUGUGUUCUUCUUCAGCACCUUGUUUUCCUUGAAGCUAAAGUGGCUGGCCCUUGUGAUAGCGGGGAUCUCUCUCCAGGCCGCUAACCUGUAUGGCUACAUCCUGUGUAAGAUGGGAGGCGAGAGUGACAUCAGCAAAGCCGCAGCCAGCUUUCUGUCCCAGACGGUGUUCCAGACGGCCUGCCCACGUGACUUUGAGAAGCCUGGCCUCGAGGGGCUGGAGAUCCACAAGUGUUAG